AUGGCUCUCCUCAAGCUCUUCCCCACAGACUACACCUUGGCUCUAUCACUGCUGGCCCUCUUUCUCUUCCUGGUCGUGUCUGUUUUUCGUCUGCCCAGCGACUAUGAGGCACAAAGCCAGAGUAUGAUGGAAUACUUCCCACUUGCCUGGAUGGAUAUAGCUCCAACACCACUCAGGAGUCUCAACUGCAUCCAGGCAGCAAAUGGAAUGGAUUUGUGGCUUUCAGGGGGUCAAGCAGAUGGAAUGCAAAUUGUGGGUCACUUUGCUGGAAUCGACAACAGCACAGAAAUGAACCUGGACCGGAUUGGGGAGCUCGGAUUUAAAGCUGAAGGAAUUCUCGCAGAGAAAUAUGGAAAUGUAUUUUCAGUGGAGCUUGGGCCGCUGAAGGCAGUGGUGUUGACUGGUUAUGACGCAGUGAAAGAUGCUCUUGUGAAUCACGCUGAUCAAUUCAGUGGGAGGCCACCCAUCCCGAUAUUUGAUGAGAUUUCAUUCCGAACUGAAAGAGGUGUUGUAUUCAGUGACGGGAAGUUGUGGCGGGAGAACCGAAAGUUUGUGAUCUCAGCUCUCCGAGGAUUUGGCAUGGGCAAGAAAUCCGUUGAUGACAGGAUCAGUGAAGAGGCCAGCUUUCUUGUCAAUGUGUUUGAGAGUCACAAGGGUCAGCCUUUUGAAACAGCACGGAUAUUGAAUUCAGCCAUGAGCAGCAUUAUCUGUUCCAUUCUAUUUGGGGAUCGCUUUGAUUAUGACGACAAAAUAUUUAACUCCCUCAUAAGCAUGAAUAACGAGACCGCAAGAUUGGCUGGAGCAGCUUCAAUACAAGUGUACAAUUCUUAUCCAUCUCUGGGAUUUCUGAUUCCGGCUCACAGGAAGAUAAUUGAAAAUCGAGAUAAGAUGAUGGAAAUCUUCGACAGUUUCUUCAAAGCGGCUGAAGAAACCUUGAGUGAGAACAGCAUUCAGACCCUAAACGAGGCCUUAAUUCUGAGGCAUCAGCAGGAAUCAAGAGGCCAAGACGCGGAAGUUCAGAAAAGAAACACAUUGAUGAUAAUCAAUGACCUGUUUAGUGCUGGCACAGAAACCACUGCUACCACCGUGUGCUGGGGACUCCUUCUCAUGAUGAAAUAUCCGGGUAUCCAGAGGAAAGUUCAGGAAGAAAUCGAUCAGGUGAUAGGAGCCGGACGAGCCCCUGUAACCGAAGACCGAAAGCAAAUGCCUUACACUGAGGCUGUGAUUCACGAAAUCCCGAGAUUUGCCAACAUCGUCCCCAUGAACCUUCCUCAUUCAACAACCGAGGACACACAUGUGAAAGGACAUUUCAUUCCAAAGGGAACGUACGUGAUUCCUGUCCUGACCUCAGUGCUGUGUGACAAAACUCAAUGGAAAACUCCAAAGGAGUUUAACCCAGCUCACUUCCUGGAUGCUGAUGGGAAUUUUGUGAAGAGAGAUGCCUUCAUGCCCUUCUCUGCAGGUAACUGGACAAGAGGGACAUGUAUUCCUGUUGUUAAAUAUUUCCAUUUCUGA